UAUGGACCUUUCAAUUUUGUCUUUUGAUUCAAGAAACAUAUUCAUUCAGAACACCGAAACAUGAUUCAUUAUUUUAUUAUAAAACACAUGACAGUAUUUUAAUGACGAAUCCCACUAAUCACACAACAUCUUAUGAUAUUUAUGUGGCUGGUAAAACAAUAACAAUUGAUAUACCAACAAGUGUUGUUAGUGUGUCUGAGAUCCUCAAUUGGAAAGUGGUCAAUCUCAAUGAAAAAAGAUUGAUGUUCGUCCAUAAAAAGAAACCUCAAAUUCUGAUUAAUCGACAGACAAUCAUGCAAAUGAAUUAUUCUGGUGAAUUAAGUGAUUCAAUAAUAGCUUUUGGUGAUAAUGAAGCUCUUCAUGUUCCAAUAAUAUUCAAUCCAAGUUUAACUAAACCAAUUCCUGAUUGGAAUUAUAUUGAAUUGUUGCAUUUCGAUGCUGAAAAUGAAAAGGUUUCUGUGAUUCGAUCCUUACCUUGGCUGGAUGAGGAUUGGGAAUUCAUUAUAGAAUGGAACAUGACAGAUUAUAUUCAUUUCGACGAUAAAUUGUACCUUCUUAUAAAGCGAAGUAUUUUAGAUGAUGAUCUAUCUGUUAUUCAAGAGAUAUCAAUAAUACGAUAAAGGAAGUGAACUUAUUUCAAGUGCAGUUGAUAUUCAUUUUACUCAAGAAGAAUUCAAGUCCAACAAGAUAAUUGAUUUGUUUUUCGUUUUCCUUUUUAAACCUUUAUAUAAUGACACCAUUCGUUACCAAGUGCACACAACACAAUUACAGACUUCAGAUAAUACAAAAGCUUAUUAUGUCUAUUAUAUUGACCAUUUUGUUUCAUUGUUUGAAGAAACUUCAAAUGACUGUGCCUCUGGUUUUGGUAACAUCACUUUAUUACGGCAUCACUUAGGAUCAGAAGUCGGUAAAUGUAAAAAGACUUCUUAUAAAAGUUGUUCAACGAAGGAAAAUAUUGUUCCUUCAAGAGAUGUCAGUCUCGUUGUAACUGGAAAAUUAUCAACUUCUCUUAAUGCGCGUUAUAAUUUUCGGUUAACUGUACCCCAUAAGAUACAGUUUGUUGCACUGCCCUAUCCAUUUGAUACAGCGAGCAUAAUAAUGCCGGAUAACCCUUUCGUGCAAACUGAUAUUUGUGAAUAUAAUGUCGCUGAAACACCAAUAUGCAUGAGUAUUUCUGCAAAGUCGUCCUCUUUUAUAAAUGCAUUCGGUGAAGCCGUUUUUCAUACUAAUAAACGUCCACACGGAGCUCUUUUCGUAACUAAAGAAUCUAAUCAAACCUUUUUCAUGCCCAUUGAAGUGUGUUUUCGUCUAAAAACUUGUACUCAAUGUAUUAUGUAUGGACUUUAUUUUGACUGCAUUUGGUCAAAUUCAAUUUGUGUUCAUGAUAAUCAACCUAAGAACAAGGCUGUAAUAACAGUCAACAGUUGCUUCAAAAUCAUCAACAUUUCCCCCUUAAUCUUCGAAGCUUCUUCACCAACAAUACUAAAAAUUGAACUCGAUAAGCCACUGAUUAAGGAGGAUCAAGAGCAAGUAGUUAUCCAAGCUGGUGACAAUCAUUGCACUGACAUUAUAAUAUAUGAAUUAUUCAUCAUUUGCUCUAUGGAUUUAACAAAAUCGGGCAAAUUUAAUAUCCAUGUUAGUCUACGAAAUGAUAGAUAUGCAGAUACUUCAAUCAUUAGUGCUAUAUCUAAUGACAAGGUUCAUAUUUUUGAAUCUGAUUACGCAUUAAUAAUAAUUUUACUAUUAUUUUUAUGUUUGAUUAUCACUUCAUUCGCAUUAAUAUUUUAUUAUAGAAAGAUUUAUAAGGAAAAUUUAAAUAGAUUCAAAAAGGUUUCUCGGCGAAGAAAAAAGAAGCGAUUUGUUGGUACUCUUAGUGAUAAAAAGUUCAUAGAAUAUUUGGACUCGAAAAAGACAAGUAAAUUAAGUGCUAUAACCCGUGUUAGUGCGCGAAUAGCAUCUUCAACAAUGAGUACACUGAGCGACUCAACCAUUACAAAUGGACCAUCGACUGAACAGGAUUCACUUAGGAGGACAAUGCGAUCUGAACCUCGUCGAAUGCACCCACGAAGAAAAUUACUUUAAUCAAAACGAAAGUAAUCACCAAAAGAUUUCUCGCAACUCGAUUGAUUUGCUUUUUACGAUUUACGUUUUUUAAGUUCAAGAUCAAAUUCGUUGCUACAAUUUAACCAAUAACUAUCAUUUGAAUGCAGAGGGCUACAUGAAGAGCACCAGCAAGUUGCGCCAUGGUUUAAUCAAUCAUGAAUUGAUAUCCUUGUUUUUCGGUGUUACUUAAGCUACCAACUGGUCGAAUUGACCUAUUUAGUGACUGAUGAGUCGAAAUAAAGUUAGUAGUUUAUCUUAUUCGGUGAUUAAACGCUGGUUGUUGGUUCAACCAGAAAACACUUGGCUUUAAUAUAUUUUUGUUGGGUUUCCUGGAUUCUAGUCAAUCAGUUUCUAUUCCUGGCAACUUCUGGUUAAUCAUCACAGCCGUUGGAGGUUUAGUUGUGCUUGGUAAUGCUGCUAACUUUGGUCCUCUUUUUGGAUUCUCAGUCUAUCUUUUUGGUAAACACUUGACCAGGGAAAAGGAUAACUUGAUAGUUGAAACUAAAAGUUAUGGGAAAGGUGAAAAUUGGAAUACUAUUGUAGCCAAUUCAAUGAAAACAAGCACAACUCAAUUGAAAGGAUUCAUCGAAACCUAUCAAUUUUGGAUUCUAGUCAAUCAAUUCUUAUUCCUGAAUAUGAAUUAUAUGGAAUCUUUGGUGCCUAUGGACAGCAUAAGAUCAAUCAAUAUUGUUCCCAACUGAGAAGAGCACUUUUUGUACCAAUGGUUCUAUUGAAAUGAAACUAAACAUCAUAAUUUAUCUCGAACACGUUGAAACUCGCUAUUUCUUCACAUAUUUGGGGCCUUACGAUAUUCAUUAUUUCAUUUUCGUUUUAGUCGCACCAAAUUUAUCAACUAAACAGAAUCAAACUUAACAAUGGCUGGUGGAUUGAAGUAUUUCAAUAUUGUUUAUUUCAUGUUCUUCGCGAAAACAUAACAAAUCUUCUUCUUCUAAUUGCAUCUUUGGCUGGUGGAAUGGGUCAUUGAAUGGAGAAUAUGGACAUGCAAGAACUCAUUCUUGGAACAGAAAAAUUU